UGUAAGUUUUUAACCUGGUUUUAAAAAUCACAGUGGAUGGAACAUGUCUUCAGACCAUCAGACAGUUGAUUGGACAAAUCACAUUCACGGCUGCUUCCAGUUGAAGGAGCUCGUUGAAUGGGAUGUGUUGAGAUUGUUAACAUGACAACCAACAUGCUGCAGGGAGCAGAAGGUGAAUUAAACUGAACUGAAGUCGUUUUAGAAAUCCUAAAGUUAGUUUAAUGGAUAAAAGCACAAAGAUUCGUUUUUCAACUUUAUUGUUUUAUAAUCUCUAUCAUUAUUAUCGUAGUGAUAAUAUUAGUUCUACAUAUUCUAAACAUGUAAAAAUAUACUUUCAACCAAUAAAACGGUCAUUCUGUCAGAUCAGGUCUCCAGACCAUGUUCUGUCACGACAGACCCCGCGAGGAGUGAAGCCGGAAAUGACGCGAGAAACGACUCGGGCGGAACUGCUGGUCCCGCGCCAUGGACGUCCGACAGACACAGGCGCUGAUGGUUGUCUGCGCGAUGAUCGCUUCAGAAGAAAGACGUGACAAGAAGAAGAAGAAGAAGAAACGAGUUUGGGUGAAGGAGUGGAGCGGUGGACGUGUGCAGCCCGGACUGUCAGUGCUGCAGAGGGAGCUGGAGACGCAGGAGCAGGCUGGCUUCCGGAAGCUGCUGCACAUGACCGCAGAGGAGUUUGAUUUGUUGCUGGCGAGGGUCGAACCUCUCAUCACCAAACGGAACACCAAAAUGAGACUGGCCAUUUCUCCCAGAGAGAGACUCUCCCUGACGCUGCGCUUCUUAGUGACAGGAGAAACCUUCAAGUCUCUCAGGUUGCAGUACAGGAUUGGGACCAGCACGAUUUCACAGAUCAUCAUGGAGACCUGUGCUGCUCUGCAUCGGGUCAUGAAGAAAGACUUCCUGAAGACACCAUCAACAGCGGCAGAGUGGCGGACAAUAGCUCGGGACUUUGAGUUGAAAUGGCACUUUCCACAUUGCCUUGGGGUGCUGGAUUGCAAACACAUCCAAAUACAACCUCCAGGAAGAAAUAGCAGCCUCUACCACAACUACAAGGGCAGGUUGUCAUUGGUGGUGAUAGCUGCCGUGGACGCGAACUACAAAUUUAUCUACGCAAGAGUGGCUACGCAAAGCAGAGAGUCAGACACUGGACCGUUCCAACACUCGGACCUGCGCAAAGCGAUGGACGGCGGCCUGCUGAACUUUCCUCCACCUGAGCCUUUGCCCAACUCACACGUGCUGAUGCCGUACAUGUUCGUCGGUGAUGACACAUUCCCUCUAAGGAAUGACCUCAUGAAGCCAUACCCUGCACAGCACAUGGACCACUGUCACCGAGUUCUGAACACCCGGCUGACGAGGGCACGGAGAGUGGCGGAAAAUGCCUUUGGGAUUCUCGUGAACAGGCUGAGGGUCCUCAGGUCCACCAUCUGCCUGGAGCCAGAGAAGGUGGUGAAAAUAACUCUGGCCUCCCUGUGCAUUCACAACUUCCUGUGUGAGCGCAGGUCUGAGGCCUACGCGCCUCCAGGCUUCGCUGACUGGGAGACCACUGAUCACGUCAUUGUUGAUGGAGCCUGGAGAAAUGAAGGCACGGGGAAUUUACAGCCGGUGGAGAACAGAGAGAGAGAACCACGUGACCCGUCUGUUACCGCAGAACAGCAAAGACACCUUUUGAGUGACUACUUUGUCUCCCCUGCUGGCUUCGUCCCCUGGCAGGAGGAGCACGAUUAGCAUCAACCACGGAGUAAUUCUCUGCUACUUGAUUUCUGCACAUUUUGAAUUCAGUCAUAGUAUUAUUUAAAUAAAGCUGUGGAAUAAAAAAAUGGAGUGUAGUCUGUGUCAAGGUUCAAUAGAAAUAAUUUUCUUGUAACUGAUGUUUCAAACAUAUAUUGUGAAAGUAAAUGGAGUAAUAAAAGUGGCACAAAGAGUAAACGAGAAUCAAAUAGAAUAUAAAACAAUUAUAAACAUUGAGGUGGUUG